CUUCUUCCCAGGGACAGGCGACAGCCGUCUCCCGUGGAAUUGCCCGUCCGUUUCCUCCGUCCUUCCCCAAGCGCGCCACAGCCUCGGCUCCCUCUCCUCGGUUUCUUCCCGGGGGGCACUUUCCACGACGCCCCUCCGCUGCCCCUCCCGCCGGGGAGACUCUCUUCCUUCCUUCCCCUUUUCCCUUUGCGCAAUAGACAGAAAAUCGCAAGGCGCUGGCGGCUUCCAUUGCUUCUGGGCGGUGUGUGCGGGCGGCCGGGUUGAGAGUGCUUGCGUGAGCGGCAGGCUGCGGUGGAUACUCCCCGCGCGGGUUUUUAGCGAUAGGUCGUGUGCGGGCGUGUGAAACCCUGCGCUGUUUGGGUGUGGAGAUUCCGAGCCCUCUGCGUUUUAUUCGUUGUAUGUAAAUUGCCCCGUUUCUUUUCUCUACGAGGUCGGUCUGGUGUGUCGCGGUGUGUGGCCUUGGACAAAGUGUUAGGCUGGCUUCGUAAUGUCCGGCGGGUGCGACCCCCACCCAGUGAGGUUGUGUGUCUGUGAGCCUUUGCGUGUGACUGAUGUUACAGUGUCAUGUUGGACAGUAUGCCGGUCUGCCUACGCCGGCUUGUGGGACAGAGCUGGCGUGUGUUCAUCUGCUUCCCUCCUCUGGGGCUGGACCAUGUGUGGUCCUGUCCACCAAGAGUCCUGUGCCUGUGUGCCUGUGUCCUUUAGAGGUGCGUUUGCAAAUCGCUGGGGGCGGGAGUGGGGGGAGGGCGAGCGAGAGAUCGCGGCGCUGGUGGGGGCGUCCACAUGGGGGCGGGGAGCGGGAUUUCACAUUUUAUUCCAAAUUAUGAUGUAUUCGGGAGCCAGUGUUGGCUCGGAUGGAUGGACAGAGCCGAGUAGGCGGCAGCUCUGUCCAGAGGCCGUCUGUGCCUUGCUGUUGCGGGGUCCCCUGAUGUGUGCGUGGGGGCUUCUUCUAAUCUGGAAGAUGAACCGCGCUCGCUGAGGCCAGCGUCUUCCCGCCCGCAGCGCCGGGCCUGGAUUCGCGCUGCGAUCAGGUUUCGCCUAUUUCUGGUCAGUUUCGCGGGUGCGUCCGCGGCGGUUGGGAAAGAGGCCGGGAAGGACAAUGGGCACACUUUCCAGGUCUGGUGCCAAGGGUGGGGGUCCUCCGGAUCAUCCUGGGAGACAUUUUUUUCAGUCCCUCCCCCAUCCCGGUCGGGUCCAAACCCCCUACCGGGGUUAGCUGCCCUAGGAGUCGGCUGACGUUGGAAGGGCCCGUCAGGGCCACCUUAGCAGGACAAGAAAGGAUCGCGUUUUUCUCUUUACUGCGAUUGUUAAUACCUUCGUCAUCAACACCAUUAACACCCGCUUUUAAUUAAAACAGUCGAACAAAAAGCUCACCAGCCCGUCCUUUAGCGUCUUUGGAGGAAGAACAAAGCAGUCCUGUCUUAACGCCCCUCCCUAGCUGUUUUUCUUUUCUUUUUUUCCUUCCCUAACCUGCCAGGUUUGGGGUAGGGAAAGAAAAUGAAGAGGUAGUGGGAAUAGAGAUUCACUUCAUAAAACAAACAUUAACCUCAGGUAACACCGGGGACGAGUGGACUCUCCGUGUCUCCCCCUCCCCUCCUUCUCUGGGUUAGAAAGGAGAAAGAAAACCUCCCGCACUGAAUUGAAACCCAGGGAGGUGGCAGUUCUGAGCUUCCGCCAAAGCCGCAGCAGAGAGAAGGAAGCCUUCGCAAUUAACCCAAGACUUCGAUGUGCCAUUGGAUGGUGGACAUCUCAGGCAAAACAAUUUAAAAAAAAAAAAAGGAGGCGAAAAAAUAAAAGCAAACGAAAUCCAGCUACCACUCUCUUGGAAGCGGCGUCGGGUCUGCUUUGACCCAUCUUCCCCCUUGCUUUGUUCAUCUCUGCAAAACACCUUCUGCUAGUCAGAACCCCGAAAAAUCGAAACUCUUUUUGCAAAGGUGGUGGAGGAAAAGGUGUAGAGAUGCCCUCUUUUAUAUCUCUUCCUCCAUUAGAAAGAAAACAAGGGACCCAACUAAAACAGAUAUAGCCCUCUCCCUUUCAUCCCUGCAGGGAACUAGGACCUUUGGAACCGGAUUCUGCCUUCGUUCUGGGCAGGAACUUGAUAGAUGGGGUCACGAAGAGAAUAGGAUGAGGGUUCCCUGGUUCUGAUCCAGCAACCAAGGCCUGAAGACUCUUUUUUUUUUUUUCUUUUCUUUUCUCCCCAUCCCGUCCUCUCCAUCCGUAUCAAAUAGGGAAUUACACUUUCGUGCUUUGUCGGCAAUCGGAGCAACCCGCAUAGAAAUGUCCAUGCUUGGAAAACAAAUUCGGCCAUACUGAAUUAGACAGAUCCGUUAGAGGGUUCGAACGUGUUCUGGGCAGCCUGCCGGGAGAGGCUGUUGUUGUUGGACUAAGUAGUUAUUCCUGAUUGGUCAGGUGUAGGGUUCAUUUUUUUUUUUUUUUAAAUCGGGAUGUGUUUGGGGGAGGGGGGCUCCAAACACCUGCAAGUUGGAGGCGGAAGGCCGUUUGCUAUUCUUUGGGAUGGCGGGGCACACGAGGAUGACGGAGCGGCCGCCGAGCGAGGCGGCACGCAGUGACCCUCAACUAGAGGGGCAGGAGGCGGCCGAGGCCCGCAUGGCCCCCCCGCACCUAGUCCUGCUCAACGGCGUCACCAAGGAAACGAACCGCGCAGCCCCGGCUGAGACCCCAGUCAUCGAGCUAGGCGCGCGCAGCAGCGCGGGGGGCGGCCCCGCCGGUGGGGGCGGUGCCGCGAGGGACUUAAAGGGCCGCGACGCUGUAGCAACUGAAGCUCGCCAUCGGGUGCCCACCACCGAGCUGUGCAGACCUCCCGGACCCGCCCCAGCGCCCGCGCCCGCCUCGGCUCCUGCAGAGCUGCCCGGAGACGGCCGCAUGGUGCAGCUGAGCCCGCCCGCGCUGGCAGCCCCCGCCGGCCCCGGCCGAGCGCUGCUCUAUAGCCUUAGCCAGCCGCUCGCCUCACUAGGCAGUGGGUUCUUCGGGGAACCGGAUGCCUUCCCCAUGUUCACCAACAACAACCGGGUGAAGAGGAGGCCCUCCCCAUAUGAGAUGGAGAUAACGGAUGGUCCCCACACCAAGGUAGUGCGGCGAAUCUUCACCAACAGCCGGGAGCGAUGGAGGCAGCAGAAUGUGAAUGGGGCAUUUGCUGAACUCCGAAAGCUGAUCCCCACCCAUCCACCAGACAAGAAGCUAAGCAAGAAUGAGAUCCUCCGCCUCGCCAUGAAGUACAUCAAUUUCCUGGCCAAGUUGCUCAACGACCAGGAGGAGGAAGGCACCCAGCGUGCCAAGCCUGGCAAGGACCCCAUGGUGGGAGCUGGUGGGGGUGGGGCAGGGGGUGGCAUACCCCCUGAAGACCUUCUACAGGAUGUGCUUUCCCCCAACUCCAGCUGUGGCAGCUCCCUGGAUGGGGCAGCCAGCCCGGACAGUUAUACAGAGGAGCCAACACCCAAGCACACUCCCCGCAGCCUCCAUCCUGCCCUACUGCCUGCUGCUGAUGGGGCUGGCCCUCGGUGAUGUGUCUAGGGCUGCCCAGGGCCAGCAGGCAGAGGGGCCUUUAGGCCCCUUGGUUGCUGGGCUUCAGGGCAGGUGGGUGAGAAGCAGGGCGAUGGACUUAAUGAACUUCCCUUAUGGUCUGAACUUUGGGAAGUCCCAACUGACCCUGGGCUGGCAUUUCUGUUUCCUGCCUGGAAACAGAAGAAGAAAACAGAGUGAAGUAGUAGGUACUUUUUCUGAAGAUGGCACGGUCUUCUCCCUUUCCCAAGCCCCAAGAUUUCCCCAAUGAUGAGGCUCAAGGGUCACUAUUUUUUGGUCUCAAGUUUGUGAGCCAUUUUUUGGACAAGAUCUGGGGUUGUCACCUGUUACCCAAGGCAUCCACUUGGCUUCUGCCUUGCCUUUAUCCCAUCCCGAGCUGGCUGGGGUGGCUUUUGUGGCAGCUUCUGUUCAAAUACAUAGGUACCCAAGAGCUGACCAUUUCUUGAGCCUCAUCUUCACCCAGUUCUCAGUUGGUCCAACCAGCUUGCCAGCUGCUGUGGAUAGUCAAGGUGCCUUCUUCAGGGCCUGGUUGGAAAUGAUGGCCAGUAACCAGACAAGCUGCUCUCGACUAGCUGGGGCAGAAAACCCAAUCACCCUUUAUGCUCGGGAAUCAGAGCUCUGAUUUUCUACCCAGUGAGACUUGCCUUCCUCUACGGUGACUGUGAGGACCAAGUCAGCAGCCUUGAGCAUGCUCUGUUGGGCUGUGUGCUGGCACUGAAAGGGAAAGUGACAUUAGGGUGAGCCAAGCAAGAGUGUUUGGGCCACUGGGUUUCAACUCCUGCACAUCACUGGGCAGGAGAGCAAAUGAUCGUGUGCUGGUGUGUUGCAUGUUGGUGCUGGGGCUAUGCAGCCCAUCCACUUCCCCAGGAAGCUUAAAGGGAGCUUCCCGUUGCAAGAUGUCUGUUGGCUGACGGUCUGGACUUCCAAAUGGAGUACAAACUGUCCUGUAAAUACUCUAUUUGGGAUUCUGCCUGACCAGUUGUUGGUGGCAACUCUUGGCCAUGAUACAACCCGAGAUGCAGCCUGAUGCUAAGGCAAGGCGUUCAGUCAGAGCAAGGAAGGCCCUGGCUGAGACCUGAGCAUGCAUAUUUGCUCAGCUUAAACUUUAAGUACUCUCCCCUCACACAACUGCAGUCCCCACGUGUGUGCAUAGUAAGUUGGUUUAACACGAAGUGAGUGUCCCCUCUAAAAACUGUACAUGAAAUUUUUGUAAAGCAAAUCCUUCUUCUCCAUCUUUUAAAGACAUAACUCCUGCAGGUCAUUUUGUAAAGUGGAGAAUCCUUUUGUAGUAUGGACAACUACCCCACUGUUUGUCCCCUGUGUCAAUUCAGGUGGUGGGACCAAUUUUUCCUGAAGCUAGACCUCUAAUGAAGUUCAAGCUCAUGGAACAAAGUGCACAGAAGCCCUGUGUAUCUGUCGUCGUAUUGGUGUCACUCAGCUCUCACUGCAGGCUUUGCCUUCGAGCUAGAGAGAAAAUAUCCAAAGGCCCCAUUGUGUAAUGUAUGAGCCCAUCUCUUCUCUGUUGGAGUUUCAGCGCCAUGGCUUGUUGGCCCCAUGGUAAGGCCUGAGCAUAGACUUAGGUGGACAGAGAUGGAUCCUUCUACCUUCUCCUUCCUAUUAAGCACUGAGGACCCUCAGGAGUAGGGACAAUUUGGUCAGCUACUAAGGCUCUGUGAUUCUUUGUCUCAUAUCGCAUUCUGCCAACACCCAUACUGCCAUGAACAUUAAGGUUGGUUCCUUCCCAUCGCUUGGGAGUUAGUUCAAGGAGUCCGAGCCAUGGAACUGCUGUCCUGGCCUCUAAGGCUAUUUGCGUCUUAGUGGAAUGAUGACUUGGGAAUGAAAAAUGUGGAUCUGUAGGUGGAUAUGGUUCUGUGUUCUAUACCCAGUACAGACACAAAAGAAGCUUUGUUACCCUUAGUACUGACCAUGCUGUGAAGUUCCAGCCAGAGUUCAGGACCUGGGCAGUUGAUGUUUGUAUCAUUUAUAUUAUAAAAUAUUUUCCAUUGAGUUAUCUAGAUGCCCAUUUCUCAAGAUUAAUAUCAAUUUCUUCCUGAUUCCAAGGCAAGAGACGGGAGUAAGAAAGGGAGAGAGAUUGCUACAGUCUCUAAUGGGGCUGGGCAGGUAAGAUCUAAGGAAGACCCCGAAUUCCGUUCUCAUACUCCACAUCCCAUCUUUUUUCCUUUACUUCCUCCCUGCCCUUGAGAAAUAGCAGCAUCCCAAGAACAAUAUCUGUACAAAGGGGGGAAAAUGUAAGCAUGAGAAAACAUUGACAAACAAAACCAGUGAGGAAUAUAAGUACAGAGAGAUUCCCGUCCUUCAAGAAUAAUCCAUGUUUAUUUGUGGUGGCAAGUGACAAGAUGGUACAACCUUUAUCCUUUUCCAGAAACAAAAAUAAAGAGCACAGCAACUGUAGUGAGCCAACAGCUAUUUUGGCCUUUUGGGUGGGUCUAGCAGUACUUGGGAUCCCAGUGGUACAUGACCCUCUGCCUAAGGCUUGCCUCAGCCUGUGUACGUAGCACGCCGUGUCUGUGGGCAAGCCCAGCACUUUCCGUCAGUGUCGUACUGUAUGUGAUGAACUGUGUUGGUCUCUGUGUGUUUCUGCAGAAGAGGAGUAACUACUCCGGGUACCUUGAUAUUUGUACAGCCUAGAGACCAACACUGCGGGCGUGUGACUCUUUAUUGGGAAAAAAAAAGACAAAAACAAAACAAAAAAAAAUACCAGUGUGGUGACAAUAGUGUGUGUAUAUAUAUAUAAGGUUAUAUGGGAAGAUUUCUAAAUAAAAGUUUUACAAAGGG